AUGAGCACUCCAAGUUCGUCCUUCAGUCUGCCUCGCAAUGUAGCAGAAGCACAGCGGACACAGCGGCAGCAGCAUCACAACCAGCAGGGACAGCAGCAGCUGACGUAUGGUAGCACCCCGCAAGCAUCAAUUCCUCCAAUUGGAUGCAGUGGCUUGCCUUCGAAUAGCAGCUUCUGCAGCUGCAGCUGCAGCAGCAACGGCAGCCUGCCUGCUUACACGGACGUCGUAAUAGUGGGGGCAGGCCCUGCAGGGCUCACCCUUGCGCUCUCUCUCGCUCUCCAGAAUGUCUCCUUUGUGCUGUUGGACGCAGCUCCACAGCCGCAACAGGAGAGUCGUGCGUUGGCUGUGCACGCCAGGACGUUAGAGAUUUUAGAAGACUUGGGAGUUGCAUGCAGCUUCUUAACUCUGGGUCUUCGAUGCCAGUCUUUCGAGCUGUGGGUGAGCGGCAAGAAGAGCCUGUCUGUCCCCUUCAGAGACACAGAGACAGCAGCAGCACCCCGCAGGGUUCACCGUCCUGUCGCCGUUUGGCAGGUGCAGGGCUUUGAAACAGACGACCCCAGCUGCUUUCCGCUGAAGAAGCAGCAACAGAAUCAACGGCAACAGGAUCAAGGGCAGCAACAGCAAAGACAACAACAGCAACAACAGCACCAGGAAGAGAUGAAUGGAGGGGAUUUUGAUUCACAGGAUGAUUCGGACGGUAGCUCCUUCAGGUCUCCUCACGAGGUCGCUGAUGACGAAGAGGAAAUAGCGUGUGAGGAGGAUCAGCAGGAGCAGCAGGACCAUCAGCAGAAGCAGCAGCAGCAGCAACAGCAGCAGCCUGAUGAACGCCAGGAUGUCGUUUUCCCUCCUUUUGCAGCCGAUGGGCAAACCCCCUUGCAAGAGGGUGCGAACGGUGUGCUGGGUUACCCAGUGUCUGUACAGUUCUGUCGUUACUUGCCUCGUGGUUCAUCUAUAUCGUGUUCAUCUGCCUCGUGUGGCUGCUCGUUUCCAGCAGCAGCAGCAGCAGCAGCAGCAGCAGGCGAAGGCCCUCCAGUGCGGUUUGGGGUGAUUUUCUGCCGCUACGUUGUGGGAUGCGAUGGCGCGGGUUCGGUUGUGAGGAAGGCCGGAGGCAUUUCUUUUGAGGGGCGAGGGGAUCCUCAAUCCUUCAUUGUGGCUGAUUUGCAACUGUCUCCUUCUCUGUCUGCUGCCAGCAGCUGCACUGUCUCUCCAGCGCAAUCGCCUGUCCUGGGGGCAGCCGCUCCACUUAACAGCAGCUCGCCACCUCAAACCCCACCGUCGGAAGAAAAAAAACCUAGAGUCACCCACUCAAGCCUCCUAGCUGGGGCAGCUGCAGCCCACCGCUCCUUCGCCUUGGCUGAGCAGCAACAGCAACAGCAACAGCAGCAGCAGGUGAGCGUGGACGAGCGCCUGCUACAGCUGCCUUCCUGGCAGUAUCAGCAGCAGCAGCAGCAGCAGCGGGAGGCUAGCAGUUGCCAGCUGCUCGGCUGUGGAGGACUGGGAAGUGCCGCAGGAAGCAUGUGGGGAGAGGGACUCAUGUCUGGAUUGGGGAGGCGGCUCCAUGCAGCAGCAGCUGCUGCUUUAGAGCCAGGAGAGACAGAACGAGCACGGCUGAUGGCCUCUGGCAGGCGAACAGCAGCAGGCGAUGCGGUGGAGAUACACCUCACGCCGAAGGGAUUUGCAGCUUGUAUCCCAAUGCUCGGCACUGCGUCUUCAACAGAUGUGGCCCUGGCUGACGCGAGUAGCCGCAGGAGCGGCAGCAGCAGCAACAGCCUACUUCAGCAGCAGCUGUUGCAUCGCCGCGCCACCAGACCCGCAGACGCAGCAGCGUUCCGCUGGAGGGUUGUGACUGAAAGGCUGCCUUCUGCGGUUGCUGCGGCUAGCCGGCCUGUGGAGUUUACUGAUGCUGCUGCAGGAGCUGCUGCUGCUGCGGCGACGGCGGCGGUAUCUGUGGACCAAACCGACCGGACUGGAAACUCCAUAAGCAGACAAGAAACCCAGGCGGAGACACAAGCAGAGCUACUGCAGCAAGUUGAACGGAUUUUUGUGGGGUGUCGGGUGACAGAGGUAUACUGGGCUGCGGUGUACAAAGCCGGUGUCCGCUUGGCUGCAGCCUUCCGCCGAAAGCGUCUUCUGCUGGUUGGUGAUGCAGCACAUCUGCAUCCUUCGAUUUUGGGGCAGGGCAUGAACCUUGGCAUGCAGAACGCGUACAACUUGGGGUGGAAGUUGGCCCGCGUGCUGCAGCAGGGCGCCUCCCCACAGCUACUAGACUCCUAUGCAGCGGAGGCGAGAGAGGCAGCAGAGCAGGUUGUGGGUCUGGCGGACCGACUUUUUCAUGCAAUUCUUUCGACGAACAACUCAGGCGGUCUUGUGUCGCGUUUGUUGCUGCGCAUGGGGGCGGCUGUGGCCUCACAUUUGCCCAGUGCGGCUCGGAGCUUUGGCCAAACGCUCCUUAUGACUCAGAUAUCGUACACGCAGCCGAGCAUCGCCUUGGGAAACGCAGAUGACUCCUUCAUUUCCGGUCUCCGCCCCGGGUGCAGGGCACCAGACUGCCUCGUCAAAGUGGCGCGAAUCCCUCGGGCUCUUCCCACAGAGACAGGAGACCCUGUUGUCGGGUACCUGUUUGAGCUGCUUGGCAAGGGCCGGCAUUUGCUGCUGCUGCAUAUCAUGCUGCUUCCACCGGGGUCGCCGCGCUACAACAUGGAAGCCGUGAGCACAUUAGCUCGUCUUUGCCAGCUGGCUGUCUUAGCUGCAGCAAAGGGGGCUUCUUCUGCUGCAUUGCCCUCUCCCAGAGGAAGUGAUGCGACAGCAGCGGCCUCCUCAGGGCUUUCGGGAGCGGCAGUAGCCCCUUGUCUGCGAGCUCCCUUUUCCGCAGCGGAUUUUGCUGACGACGCCCCUCAGGGCCACACUCGAUUUGCUGGUGCGUGCAGCAGCAGCAGCAACAACAGUAGCAGCAGCGGCAGCAGCAGCGGCAGUGAAUCGGAGGAACUUGAUGAUGAUCACAGGGCUAGAGGGAGGCAGUUUAGAACCACGUUUCAGGACUCUCAAGAUGGGCCCGGGGGCACCACGCCAUGUCAUGAAUCUGUUGCUGCUGCUGCUGCUUCAGCAGCAGCAGAUACUUCUGCUGUUGUUGGAGGGCGUGUCCUGCGCCGCCACACCAUGUACCACCCUCCAGCUGCUUCUGCGUCAACUUCAGCAGCAGCAGCGGAGCGACACCUUUGGGCCUCUGACCUUCGUGUUGUUUGGUGUUUUCAUGGGCCCCCUGCAGCUGUCCACACAACUGCCACUUCCACAAGUAUCACUUCAGAAAUUAUCCGCGGCAAUUCGCGUGUGCUUCCGCCUGCCAGAAGCCGUUCUCUGCUCCUAUCUCCACAGCAACAACAGCAGCAAGAGCAGCAGCGUUCGGGUCAUGGGCAGGUGCCCUUAGCUCCCGGGGCAGAGAGCGGGAAAGGGGAGGUGGAGGAAUGUCAUUUGGUAGAGCGUCCACUGCUCCAGCUGCUGCCCCCUGCUUUACUGCAGCAGAUGCAGCAAGCGAGCAGCAGCAGCAGCCGCGGUGCUGGGGGCUUCGUGCUGCUGGAUUUCUUGGGCGAUCUUGCCAGCAAAUUUGGACUGUCUCUUGCAGAUCCCCAUGCCUCUGAUGGCGCAGAGGCCAGCUGCGGCUUCUCCCUUAUCCGGCCCGAUGGCUACUUAGCUCACUGCGGGAGGAUAGGAGACACGAAAGCUGCAAGGGGACUGCUGGACUACCUCAUUAGAUUCUAG